UUCAAGCUUGGGAAGCCGGGCGGGUACCCCUCCAGCUAGCAUAACUAAUCGGGCGUCCACAUUAACAAGUCACCUUCUCUCACUUUGCUUCAAUCUCUUAUACAACCCUUCAAAUCACACGAAAUUCUAAGUACAUAUACCAAAUAAUUAUCAUGGCUCCUCUACAAGUUGGUGACAAGCUUCCCGAGGGCGUCAAGUUCGAAUGGGCACCCAUCACCGAUAGUGACCCCACUGCCUGCGGCCGUCCCCAAGAAUACGAUGCCAGCAAGGAGUGGGCAGACAAGAAGGUCGUCCUAUUCUCCGUUCCCGGCGCCUUCACCCCAGGAUGCCAAGCAUACCAUCUCCCUCCCUACAUCGCGAAGGCCAAGGAGUUCAAGGACAAGGGUGUUGAUGUCAUUGCUACCAUCGCGAGCAACGACGCCUGGGUUAUGAACGCUUGGGGCAAGGUCAACGGCGUCAAGGGCGACGAGGUCCUUUUCCUCAGCGACACUAAGACCUUCUUCUCCAAGCAAUACGGUUGGCCUGCGGGUAUGGGCGACCGCAACGGUCGCUGGGCUAUGGUCUUCGACCACGGCAAGGUCAUCUACGCAGAGAACGAGAAGAGCCCUGGUGAGGUUUCGGUCUCUGGCGCCGAGGCUGUCCUGGCCAAGUUAUAAGCGCUGAUCAACU